AUUAAGAACAUGUGCGACAAAAUGAAGUUCAGAGUUUUGUCUACCUUUUUUCUCCUCACAUUUGCAAGUGGAACAUGGGAAAAUGAUAAUUUUAUUCACCAGGAUUCUUUGCUAGUUGCUGAACUUGGAAGUGUUGUGAUUAUACCCUGCUCUCAUUCAAACGACUAUAUAAAUACUGUUUUAUGGUAUAAACAUUCUGUUGGAAAGAAACCACUUCUCAUAGCGUAUUCAGAACAUGGCUCUGGAAGCGUUACAUAUCAAAAUGGCUUUGACAAUCCAAACCGAUACUUUAUCAGAACAGAAACUGACUCUUUUAAUUUGACCAUCAAACACUUGGAAGAAUAUGAUUUUGCAACCUACUAUUGUGGUGUGAGUUUCUUGAACAUAAUUAAAUUUGGAGAAGGCACGAUUCUUCUUCGUAAAGAGAGUGAUGAAAUGAGAAGGACCACUGUUCUCCAGCAGCCUGUAUCUAACAGACUUCAUUCAGGAGAUUCAGUGACUCUGCAGUGUUCAGUCAUCAGUCAGAUCUGUGCAGGAGAAUACAGCGUCUACUGGUUCAGACAUUUAUCAGGACAUUCUGAUCCAGGAAUCAUUUACACCCAUGUUAACAGCAGUGAUCAGUGCAUGGAGAGAUCAGAGAGUGCCUCUUCUACCCAGAGCUGUGUCUACAGUCUCUCUCAGACUGAACUCACACCAACUGAUGCUGGAGUUUAUUACUGUGCUGUUGCCACAUGUGGGAAGAUACACUUAGGAAAUGGAACUAAGUUGAUUAUUGAAGCUUUCACCUGGAAUCCAAUUACUUUAGUCCUGGCAACACUGAACAUCGUGACCAUGAGUGUGAUUGUAACGCUUCUGAUAAUGAUUCAAAAGAUCCACAUCAGAGGUGCCUUGAAUCAUCCCAGAAAUCCAUGGAAGCAGAUCGUGGAUAUUGAUAACUUACACCAAGAGGAUACACAAGUCAUUUAUACGACCUCAUCAUGAUCUAAUUGAGAGUAAUGAUGGCUUUAACAUCUCUGCAGUACAACUGCUCUCCAGGAACAGGAUUGGACACCUGUGCCUUGCCUAUGGGGACAAAAUGUCUCCACAAACAUCCAAAAUCCUUGUCCUU